CCGACGUCCUGAAAUCUAAACCGCGCUCUCCCAACGUAAAAGUUUUCAAAUUUUCAGGGUGAAUAGUUCCAGUGAAUUGUGUCGAUUAAAAGUGAAAUAUGAACACAAUAAAAUUUUUUUAACUGUGUGGAUUUGGUGAUUUCAACGAUGUCUCUGUUCGUCAGUACGGUUUUGAUACUCUCAGUUCCAUUUGUGAGAAGUAGUGAAUUUUCUUCUCCCAAUCCACGUGAUGGCGGUGAUCCACGAAAAAAUUGCGUGUGUGAUGGCGGCCUUUUAGAAAUCGAUGAAGUUGAAUGCCGCUGUUCCGGACAGGAUCUCGUAGACAUACCAGCAACUCUUUCAAGUCCAUCCACUUUGGUGCUCGAAAAUGCUGGUAUUGAAGUAUUGAAGAGAACUUCGUUAUUACCCUUCGCGAAGACAAUAGAGAAACUGACAAUGAUAAAUUUGGACCGUUUCUAUUAUUUCGAACCGGGAGUCUUCGACAAUUUAGUUGAGUUGCACCAAAUAUACAUACAAGGAGCACCUAAACUACUUAAAAUACAACCAGAAGUGUUCAGCGCUUUUCUUCCAAAGCUUUAUUUCUUGAAAAUUGUUCAAACAGGAUUAGAAGAAAUGCCCAAUCUCAAUAACUUAAACACUACAUCCGUUCUACAUUCCAUUGAUUUGGAGCACAAUCACAUAAAAAGAAUAGGUAGUCAUCAAAUAAGCAAAAUACGUACUGGAUUAUUAUUUUUAAAUUACAAUGACUUAGAAGCAGUGGAUGAAGAAGCAUUUUUUGGAUCUCAAAUAGCAGAAUUAAGUUUGAAGGGGAACGUCGAACUGAGGCACUUGCAUCGAAGAGCUUUCGCCGGACUUCAAAGUUUGAGAGUUAUAGAUUUAUCAAGCACAGCUAUUACAUUCCUUCCUGUAGAAGGACUACGAGACAUUGAAGUUUUAAAAAUGCAGGACACGAAAUCUCUUACGGUUUUCCCAUCAAUAUAUAAUUUUCCAUCCAUCAUGAAAGCAUCCCUCACGUACCCUUAUCACUGUUGCGCAUUCAAGCACCCAGACACCCACAACCCAUCGGAGUUCGAGAUCCACCAACGUUUCCAGGAGAUGUGCGAAGGAAAAAACUCUACGACGAUGGUUUACUCCGAAUUUCUAGACGCAGAAUUUGCUGCAUUCAAAUCGGGAGAAUUUUUGGCCACCAGCAACAUUACCAGCAACAUUUACGACUCCAGUUCUAGAUAUGAUAGAGGUGAUAAUGAUGAAUACUUUCACAAUCCGAUUUUGACCACCAAUGGAAAUUCUACCGUAACAUUUGCCGAUUGUGGAAAUUUACACAAAAGUUAUCAUGAGGUGAAAUGUGAUCCGGUUCCAGACGCUUUUAGUCCUUGCGAAGACUUAAUGGGGAAUUGGGUUCUCCGCAUUUCAGUUUGGUUUAUAUCACUUUCGGCAGUUAUCGGAAAUCUCUUCGUGGUCGUCGUAAUUGCUACAUCGCAUUUUCGUCUGACCGUUUCUAAAUUCCUUAUGUGUAAUUUGGCAAUUGCCGAUCUUUGCAUCGGAAUCCAUCUAUUCUUGAUUGCGAUUGAAGAUGCUUGCUCAAUUAAAGUUUAUUUCAAUUACGCUAUUAAUUGGCAAGAAGGAAAUGGUUGUAACGUAGCAGGUUUUUUAACAAUUUUCGGAAACAUCCUCUCCGUCUAUACAUUAGCAAUAAUAACAAUAGAAAGAUGGUACACAAUAACUUGGGCAAUUCAAUUAAACAGAAGAUUAAAGCUUCGCACAGCAGUUCGCGUAAUGAUAGCAGGUUGGAUAUGUGCCCUAACUAUGGCAACUUUUCCCUUAAUUGGAAUCAGCAGUUACGCCAAAACCAGUAUUUGUCUUCCCCUUGAAAACAAAGGCAAAACAGACGCGAUAUACCUCUCAACAUUAUUAGCUUUCAACGCUAUCACAUUCGUGUUAGUAUGUGUAUGUUACGGUAGUAUGUAUCGUUCGAUUAAGGAAGGAGGAAGUCAUUGUUCAUUAACUUACGUUAGAUGUGACUUAACCGUAGCCAAAAAGAUGGCUCUUUUAGUAUUCACAGAUUUCGCAUGUUGGGCACCGAUCGCAUUUUUUGGUAUGACCGCAUUAAUGGGAUACCCAUUGAUAACAGUGACGCAAACAAAAAUUUUAUUAGUAUUUUUUUAUCCGUUAAAUUCUUGCGCCAAUCCGUGUUUAUACGCAUUAUUAACUCAACAGUAUAGAAGAGACUUUUUUAUUUUAAUGGGACGAUACGGUUUGUGUAAAGAUCGCGCGGAAAGACAUAAAGGUGCAAUCGGUGGCAAACCACUUCCGUACGGUUCUGUGCCGCAAUACAAGAGGACGAGUGGUGAUACGAUGAAAGUUAAUUGUCGGUCUUCGCCGUUAACAACUGUGGUUUCGGUUGAAAUGCCCAUGACCAGAAAUAAUUCCAAUAUUAGAUCCAAACAUGAGUCUUUGGAUACCGUUCCAGAAUAUCCAAUGUGUACGAUGAACAAUCAUUAUGGAGAUUGUAAGCAAAGUGAGUUAAAAAAACAAAUGUCGACUGAAAAUUUGUAAGUAUUUAUGUAAUAAGUUAAUUAUUAAGAAUAAAAAAAUAGUAUUAUUGUUAGAAAAAGUUAGUAAGGUUCAAUUUAGAAAUAGAUUGUCAUAGAUUCAGAAAUAAAGAGUAUGUGGAAUUUA